AUACUCCAUAAUACAAUUUGAAAAAAAAAAAAAAAAAGGUCCAAUUAAUGCAAUUGGAACAAUCUCAGCUCAAAUAGUGGUAGUAUCACUGAAGCUCUCCGUGAGCGAGUCUCAUGCUUAGUGAGGAUUGAGGAAUUAGCAAAUUGUAGUAAUAGUAGUGCUUCAAGUAAACUUUUUUGCUCCAAUUCAUGAUGUGAAAACUGCAAGAUAUGCUGGGAAAUCCUGUUAUUCAAUACAAAUCUGGUGAUGUUUUACAGUUCUCUAUUCGUUCCGCUCGCAUAUGCUACCACCUCCAAGUGGGUACAAGAAGCAAAUUGAGGGGAUGGGAUCAGAAUAUUAGCUGCUCCCUUUUUCUCAAGCCUCGUCUUGAUUGCGUCCGUACAAGACCUCUAGUUCGGUUCAAGGUACGUGCAGUUGCUGAAGAAACUGACCAGCCAAAGUGGUGGGAAAAAAAUGCUGGAGCAAAUAUGGUUGACAUUCAUUCAACACAAGAAUUUGUUGAUGCUUUAAGUCAAGCUGGAGAUAGCUUAGUGAUCGUUGACUUCUAUGGCACGUGGUGUGCCUCUUGUCGAGCAUUAUUCCCCAAACUCUGCAAAAUAGCUGAAGAACAUCCAGAGGUUCUCUUUCUCAAGGUAAACUUUGAUGAGAACAAGGGUUUGUGCAAAAGUUUGAAUAUAAAG